AUGAAAUUAUCGCUAGUAAUUUUUUGUAUAGUAAUAAUUUUUUUAAAGGAAAACAUCAGUGUAAAAAUAAAAACAAAUGAUACAGCUAUAUUUGAUAUAAACAAAGUGCUACAAAAAAAGCUAGCGGUUUUAUACAGAAAAGGGAACAAAUUAAACAAUUAUUUUUUUUCUUAUAUUGAGAAGAAUGGAAAAAAUAAUAAAUGUUAUCGAUACAUACAAGAAGCCUUGUAUGAUCCAAAUACACAGAUAAUGAAAAAUGAAGUAAUGAAAUCAUUUAAUUAUAGUAAGGACAUAUUAAAGAAGACAUUUCACGAUAUUGUUAACAAGUUAUUUUUAUAUAUAAAGAAUGUUUUUUUAAAAAAAUAUUUUGUUUUUUUCUUAUUAUAUUUAAUAAAUUUCAACUGUGAUACAUUAGCCUCUCAAAUGAAUGAUCCUUAUAUUUUAAAUAAUUACAAUUUAGAAUUGAAUGCUUCACCAGCAACUUACAACAUGAAAUAUGAAGAAAUUGAAAUACCAAUAUCUAAUAGUACUGUGAAAGGUUGGUUAAUUAAACCAACGAAGAAAACCAAUAAAUUAUUUUUACUUUUACAUGGAUAUAAUAGUAAUAGACAAGCAUGUUUAUUUUUUUUGAAUAUUUUAAAAAAUUUAAAUAUUCACAAUGAUACUACCAUAUUUAUACCUGAUAUGAAAAAUUUUAAUGAAAGAGGAGUAGAUGAUAUUUAUAAUAUAUUGAGUUAUUUUAAAGAUAAUAUGGCAUUAAAUGAGGUAAAUAUUUAUACCCAGUCAUCUACGAAUUUACUAGUUUUAUUAUUAUCAAAACAUUAUAAAAAUAAAAUAGCAAAUAAAUCAAAAGAAAAAUUUAUAAAAACUAUUAUUCCAUAUAGUAAUGAUAAGAACAAAAAUAAGAAUACAGAAAAUAUUAUAUAUAUAGAUAAAUAUAUUUUUGAUUCUCCAAUAUUUAACUUACAUAAAACUAUAAAUAUGCAUUUUAAUUUAAGUGAUAUUGAUAAAAAAUUAAAUGAGGAGAGAAUGAAAAAUAAACAGGAGUUAAAUCUACAUGAUAGAAAAAGUGUCAUGAAUUAUUUCCUUACAUUCUGUAUGUGGUUAUUAAAUAAUCAAUUAAAAGGACAUUUAUACGAUUAUGAUUUUAAUAAAAUUAUUACAGAAAAUGAUAUUAAUACAUCCAAUAUAUAUAUAUUACACCCAUUAAAUGAUAAUAUCUCUUUAUUAAAUAUAUUAUCUCAAGAAGUCAAAGAAAAUAGAAAGUUUCCAUUAAAAAAUAUAUAUAUAUUUAAAAAUGGAAAGCAUGCAAAUAUAUAUGGAUCUGCCAAACGUGAAUAUGGAUUAAUAGUUAAAAGAAUAUUGAAAGGAUUCAAUAUAUUAGACUUCCUUUAUUAUAUACCCCUGAGAUCAAGAUUUUCUUCUCUUCCUUUCUAA